GCCAUGAUGCUUGUUUGCUUUCAGUGAGAAAGAGCAGCGGAUCAGAAACAAAGGAAACGCGCACUCGUCUUUGUGAACUGGUAUGAGCUUACAGUAUUACAGGGAUGCCCAAGGAAAAAUAUGAUCCGCCUGACCCAAGGCGGAUGUACACGAUAAUGUCCAGCGAGGAGGCGGCCAAUGGAAAGAAGUCAACUUGGGCAGAGCUGGAGAUUGUUGGUAAAGUGAAGAGUUUGAGUUCAGCAUUAUGGUCCCUCACCCACCUCACUGCUCUUUAUAUCAGUGAUAACUCUCUUUCGCGAAUCCCACCCGACAUUGCCAAACUAAACAACUUGGUGUAUCUGGACCUCUCGUCCAAUAAGAUCAGGAGCCUGCCCGCCGAGCUAGGCAACAUGAUAAAUCUCAGGGAACUGCUUUUAAAUAACAACCAGUUACGAGUUCUGCCUUUUGAGCUUGGAAAACUCUUUCAGUUACAAACGUUGGGUUUGAAAGGAAACCCUCUUGCACAAGAAAUCUUGAACCUCUAUCAAGAGCCUGAUGGGACCCGUCGGCUUCUCAACUACCUGCUGGACAAUCUCGCAGGCACCAAACGCGCACCUAUAGAACAACCUCCACCUCGCUCAUGGAUACCACUGCAGGAGCCAGACAGAACACGGCCAGCAGCACUUUUCUCUGUGAUGUGCUACAACGUGCUGUGUGAUAAGUACGCCACGCGUCAACUCUAUGGCUACUGUCCCUCAUGGGCCCUCAACUGGGAAUACAGGAAGAAGUCCAUCAUGCAGGAGAUCCUCAGCUGCAGUGCAGACAUCAUCAGCCUACAGGAAGUGGAGACGGAGCAGUACUACAACUACUUCCUGUUGGAGCUGAAGGAGCAGGGUUACGAAGGUUUCUUUAGCCCCAAGUCCCGAGCCAGGACCAUGUCUGAAUCUGACCGCAAACAUGUGGACGGCUGUGCAGUUUUCUACAAAACAGACAAAUUCAGUCUGGUGCAGAAGCACACAGUAGAGUUCAACCAGCUGGCCAUGGCCAACUCUGAGGGUUCGGAGGCUAUGUUGAACAGAGUGAUGACCAAGGACAACAUCGGGGUGGCUGUACUACUAGAGCUGCGGAAAGAGAUGAUGGAGCUGUCCGCUGGAAAGCCUCUGCAUGGCAUGGAGAAACAGCUCCUCCUGGUGGCCAACGCUCACAUGCACUGGGACCCAGAGUACUCGGACGUGAAGCUCGUCCAAACCAUGAUGUUCCUGUCGGAAGUGAAGAACAUUGUGGAUAAAGCCACUCGCAGUCUGAAGCUCUCCUCAGUUUCUGGAGAAACCAAUGCCAUUCCUCUUGUCCUGUGCGCUGACCUCAACUCUCUGCCUGACUCAGGUGUUGUGGAGUACCUGAGCACAGGUGGAGUGGACGGCGCACACAAGGACUUUAAAGAGUUGCGCUAUAUUGACAGCUUGACCAACUUCAACUGCAAUGGCAAGAAUGGCACCUCCAGCACCAGGAUCACACACGGCUUCAAACUGAAGAGUGCUUACGAGAACGGCCUGAUGCCUUACACCAACUACACCUUUGACUUUAAGGGCAUCAUUGACUACAUCUUCUACUCUCAACCUUUGCUUAACGUGCUGGGUGUACUGGGUCCCCUGGAACACCACUGGCUCCUCGAGAACAAUGUCACUGGCUGCCCUCAUCCCCACAUCCCCUCCGAUCACUUCUCCCUGUUUGCACAACUGGAGCUGCUCCUGCCCUUCCCGCCUGCUGUCAACGGCAUCCAUCUGCCUGGCCGCAGGUAGUUCUCCGAGCCAGCAGGGGGAGCUCCGGCCCCCAAACUCCUUUACUCUCACAGAAGGAGGGCUGUUGUGUGCAAAUCUGAAUCCCUAAGGGGAGACGAUGGGGUAUGGCAAACUUUUAUUCCCACGGAUUUUAACUCGGACACUUAUUUCAGUCUUAUCUAUACCACCUCCCACCCACUUUUCUUUUGUUUCGGUUACUGUUUAUUGUUUUCCUUUCUCCGUUUCUGGGCACAAUUAGCAUUGUACUUUUUUAAAACUCCUAAGGGGCCCUGAGUGAUCAUGUAAGUUUUACCUUGCGAUAGAUAAUAAAAAAAAAAGCUUUUUAUAUAUAAAUAUAUGAAUAACUCAAUGGCAAUAUCUUUGAAACACAUGCAGGGAGUCCAGAUCAGUUAUCAUGAAAUGCAUAAUUUGGAUCAUGCAACUACGAGGCCAGUUUAGAGCAAGCAGCUGAAUUUGAUGACAAAAGAAAAACAGUUUCACCAGCUUAGGUCAGAUAGUACGGUUUCCAAGAGCAACCCUUUAAAAAAAGGGCUUUUAAUGUGUAAAGAGAGCUGGCCGAACUCACAUUUGCACUCUGCGGUGCUGAGGCCUCCACGGAUCCUAAAACGGCCCACCGACACCACCUACUUGGGCCUGGUCUAUAGUCCAUUGGAUGCCAGUACCUUUUUAUAUUCAUACUUUUAAGGAAGCAGCAUUUCAAGAGCCAAAAUGGCCGACUUAGCAAGUUGUCUUGCUUCAUGUGCCAUAGAUCACCUGCUAAUCUGGUGCAUACAACAGUUUCAGUAAAGGGAAAGUCAUCGGGAAGGGUCAGCUGUGUUUUAGUGAAUGACCGUAGCCUUUCCAUUUUCUUUGGAGAUCACAUUAAGAUGCAGAGAAUAGGGCAAAGACAAGCACAUCCCAGUCAUAGGUGGAUAAACAAAAACCCUCGAUGCGACCAGUAGACGCCUCGCCCAGCCAAGUCUCCAGUUCACUCCUUUCUUUUCAUUUUUUUUUUGUUUUUUUGUUUUUGUGUAAAUGUUUAGUUUCCUUUUCUCUACAUGAUUGUAUACAAGCAACACAAGUCCUACUGCAUUCUUUUUGUUUCCUUUUGUUUUGUACGUACACUUUUAAAUUUGGAUGAAAAAAAAAUAAUAAUAAUGAUUGUAUUGUAAAUGAAAGCGAAAUUUCUAUCAGUUUUAGAUGUUCAUCCGGAUGAACAUACAAAAAGACCAGCGCGUGUAAAUUAAUUAUUUUCAGGUUUCUGCUGUGUAAAGUUGCACUUGUCCAGGUUUCCCAGUUUUUACCCAGUGUACCAGUUCUGUUUUUGUUUGAGUUUUUGGAACGUAUAGCUCCACCAAGGCAGAUUUCUGGUGACGUUGUCCUGUUACCCGCUUUGAUAUUAAAGUACACAUGACAUUGUGCCUCACUGAUUCAUUUCUCUAAGCGCACUGCCAGUGCUAUCGGUGAACACCUGAACAGCCUACAAUAUCCUCAUUUCUGUUUGUUGGGUUCUUUCUGUGUUGGAUAGCGAACAUCUUUAUUCCGCUGAUCUUUUUUUUGGUUGUCUACAAAGUCAAGUAAAGUGAGUGUUUCUGCUGUGCCGAUCCGCGCUCUUCUAUUUUAUCCCCAGUUUCGUUUGAAUUCUGUAUUUACUGCCACUUCCUCCCUCUCGACUCAGGCGAUUCAUUUCAAUUUCUAUUUUGCUUGUUCCCUUCCUGCUAGAUCACGGUUAUCUCCUCGUGUCGUGCCAUCCAAUGCCACAAGGCCAAGUGUAAAGCUCCAUUUACUACUGUAAAGCCUGUUCUCUGACCUGAUGAAGGUGAUUUUAUUUUGUCUGUUUUCUGCUCUAAACGCAAGGCCGGCGUUCCUGUAGCGUGGUCUGAUUUUUAACUUUAGCGUCAUGCUCGUAAAGCCUAUUUGUUUUUCGUUUCCUCCUUCCCUUUUGCAUUUGUCAUGUUUUAAAAAUCGAACGGAUUGACAAGCACUUAUUGUAGAUCACUGGUGCAGCUACUCUUUGCUUCUUUUUUUAAAUGAUAACAUGCUUUUGCCAUGAGGCAGAGGUCAAUUUUAAGGACUUUUAUCAAGCAAGAGUAAAUAGAUGAAAUGAGGGAGGACCAUCUUCUAGUUCCCCUUUUUUUGGUGUCCCAUGUUUUAUUCCUCACAUUUGUUUUGUUUUCCUUCUGGUUCUUAAACUGAAAGCGACUUGUCUGGUUCUAUUGGAUUGCUGAUGGUGUUGUAGUAAAAAAAGAUUUUUUGUAAAGUGUGAA